AUGGAGGUGGGGACAUUAUUAAUGCAAGCAAACCAAGCUUCCAUCAAUGAACAAAUGUUACUUGAAGAAGGAAUGUCAAGCACAACAAAUGAGGGCAUAAAUGUGUCAUACAUACCUCAUUUUGCUGAAGAAGUAACUGAUUUCAUAAUUGAAGACAAUACAAAAAGAAAAAAGAAGUUGGAGGAAAUCCAAAUAGUAAUAUCUGAUUACAGAGUUAACACAAUAGAGCAAGGGCAAAUUUACAAGGAUAAGAACACAAUCAAAUCAACUCUUAGCUACUAUGCAAUGCUGCAUAACUUCCAAUUUAAAACAAAAAGAUCAAAACCUAGAGAGUACCUAGUUACCUGUGCAGAUGAAACAUGCAACUGGUUGGUGAGAGCAUCUAAGUACAGAAAUCAAGAUGUAUUCAAGGUACAGAAAUGCAUUCCAAAUCACACUUGCUCUGUUGAAAUUGUUAUGGAAGACCACAGGCAAGCAAAAAGCAUCGUAAUUGGUGAAUUAAUAAAGAAUAAGUACAAGUCAAUCAAAAGAAAUUACACUCCAAAUGACAUCAUGAAUGAUAUGAAUGAUGACUUCGGAGUAACUAUGGGAUACACAAAAGCAUGGAGAUCAAGAGAGAAAGCUUUGUGUCUAGUAAGAGGGAACCCCGAUGAUUCAUAUCAAAAGUUGCCAAUGUAUAUUUACAUGUUGAAGCAAGCAAAUCCAGGAACAAUAACACACCUACUCACAGACAAGGAAGAUAGAUUCAAAUACCUAUACAUAUAUUUCUCUAACUCAAUCAAGGGUUGGAGAUACUUAAGGCCUAUAAUUGUUGUUGAUGGAACUUUCUUGAAAAAUGCACAUGGUGGUACCCUAUUUUCAGCUUCAAUGUUAGAUUCAAACAACAACAUUUUCGUGUUGGCUUUUGGAAUAGCAGACUCUGAAAAUGAUAACUCAUGGCUUUGGUUCUUCUCCAAACUGAGAGACACCUAUGGAGAACCUGAAGGAUUGGCUAUAUUUUCCGACAGACAUAAGAGCAUAGACAAUGCAGUACAUAUGGUGUACCCAAAUGCUUUCCAUGGAGCUUGCAUGUUUCACUUGCUCAAUAAUUUGAAAAGCAAGUAUGGAAGCCAUGGAGAAGAGCUACAAAUGAAACUCAUUGCAGUAGCAAAAGCAUACACAAAAACAGAAUGUGAAUACUACAUGAGAGGCCUUGAUAGACUUGACAGACGCAUUAGACCCUAUUUAUAG